CGUCUGGAGUUUCCGAAGCCUGCCAGCAAUCCACACCUACAGUGAGCUAUGCAUCACAGGUGUGUACAGCAGGAACGAGUGACAAUACCAUUCAGGCUUUCAAUCUCAAUCAACUACAAGCAACUGUCACUUCAAUGACGAUGAGUCUUUCUCUCAGCAAGAGCUCGACGGAUACUCAUUUCUACUUUGUUGAUAUGUAUACUUCCGAGACUUUGAAACCAACAGGCACAGCUUCCACUGUGGAUUCGAGUCCAUCAGGUUACUUGAGUCUCAUUAGGUCAAAGCCGCCAUUUUGCGUCAAUGUUAUAAACAGCACCUGCACUUCCCUCUAUGCAGCAUCUCAACAAUGCUGGAGCGAAGCAUUCCCACCUGGACCACAAAUGUGUCUUUGCAAUAGCCUCUCGCUUAUGAACUGCACACAAAUCUGUCAAUCAACUCCAGAUGACCGUGUUUCAUACUACGAUUGGGCCAUAGAGCUUUGCAAAGACUACACCAGACCACUCAACAGCUCAAUAAAUGCAACAUUUGUGUCAAUAUGGCCUGAAGUCCAGGACCGAUCCUACUCGAUCUUGCAAGAUCUGUACCCAUUCGCGUGGAGACUCUCUCCGACCGACAACAAGAAGCUUUCCCAGUGUCCAAGCAAAGCACUGAAUCUCGCAUCUUUCGCUAUCAACAACGCCAUUGUUGGUGUGGGAACUUGGUUCCUAGGCAGACGAAAAUUGAUCAAACGGUUGGCUAGCGGUCUGAGAUGGUUCACUAAAGCGGCCUAUGGAGUAGCAGGCUCGAAGUCAUGGCCCGCCAUCUCGAUAAUUGUCGUUGCCAUUAAUGUGUUUGCAAACUUUAUCAACGCCGUAUUAGCUAAACGGACAGCUGGAUUUUCAAGCCCGGAUAUCGGUACCCUUAUCCGUCUGUGGGCCACGAGACCUCGACUGGCAUUUAUUGCCACUGCUAUUUCUCCCGUUCAAAAGGAGCAAAGCAUGUACAUUUCGGCUGGAGUUUCAACUCUAUUGUCCGAAGUCAUGUUGCAAACAAUUGGAGGGGUUGUUUUUAUACAAGUUAUCAGCUUCUUUACCACGCGGGGUUACCUCCAAGUCAAAGCUCUUCAAUACGUUUUUGGCAGUUGGUCGGCUAUGCUGGUGUACUCAAGCGCUUUGAUCUGGGUCAUUUCCAUUUCAUUCUUCUACAUUUACGUGGUGUGGAAGUAUUUAAUUGGUGCCCGGGUUUCUACUUUAGUGUUCCUAGCUCUUUGGAAUUUUCUGAAGUCUUACAGCGAAAUAUCUUGGAAUACUUUGAAGUAUACACUCGAGAAGAUUGUCGAUCUCAUCCAGAGAUGCUUCCGAGCCCACUCAGAUUUGAAUACGGAAGAAGAAGGGUACUCAAUGGAUGAUCUCGGAGAAGUUCAAGCACAGCCUUACCAAACAAAGGGUUGGGUGGGGUGGCUUGAGCAAAUGGGUCUAGGUGGGGAUGUCUUGAAGACGGUAUCACAAGCGUACAUAGUCUUGUUGCUUCCAUACAUAUCGCAAUGGCUGUUCUGGAUUGGGUUUGUUGAGUUGUAUCGCGAUCGGUACUGCGUACCGGUUUUAUGGCAGAUGACUUUGGUCUGGAGUGUUUUUGAUCUGAUUUGUAUACUUCUGAGUGCAACCCAUUGAAUUUACGUCGUUAUACCCCUCAUUGCGAUGAACAAACUUAGUUUUGAAUGAAAAAUUGGGUUCGUAGACCCUAAUAUGGUGGAAGUAAGGAUUUUAUAGCAUGCAGAUAGCACUGCAAAAGUCCGUGAGGCGUGGAAUUGUGUUGCCAAUUAUUACUAUAUUUCUACAAUCGAGUGAAGUUACCCGUUUCUUUCAAACAGGACACAAACAAAGCCAAGCAUAA